ACGUUCAUUGGUUUGAAACAGUUGAUCUCCAAAACCUAUAUUUGCGACACCUGUUCAUCAGCUAGGCGGACAAGUUAAAAUAGACUAAAAAUUUAAAGUAACGAAAAAAUUACACAAUCAACUUCUCAGAUAGAUUUGCGGCAGAGUCGGUGACACAGUAAACGUGUCAUCGAGUGUGUGAGUGAAUGACUCGUGUUCAUCUGCGGAAUAUCGGGUUACGCGCUGCGUUUUUAGACGCGUCAAGUGUUGCGACAGCCGUCACACCAGCAUUCACAUUCACAUGCACUGAGCCAGACCUUUAAACGCGUUCUUCUGGAGAGUUUGUGUCUGUUGUUUAUGCACAUUUACCUCAAGACGGUUAUAAGAAGUUCUGCCUGGAGCCGCAGGGACAGGGAUCAUGCUGGGGAGGAAGAAGAAGCCAGAGACAGUUCAGACUGAACCCAAAGCGCACGAGUCAAAAACCCACGACCCGCUUCGGAGGCUUGGUGUUCUGGACGAUGAAGAUGUGCAGCUGAUGCUGCAGGGGUCAAAGAUGAUAAAGGUUCGAUCUCAGCGUUGGCGGAAAGACAGGAGCCUGAAGCUUCUGGAGGACUGUGUGACGGUGUGGUGUGAGUCCAGCAAAGCCUCCCGCAAAAGCAAAAAACAGCAGACAUGUGAGUAAAUCAUCUGUGGCUGAGCUACAUCCAAAAGCAAAUAUCAAAAUUCAGCUUUCUGCACAGCAUUUGCGAGUCCAGAAAUCAGCUGAGCUCCCGAGGGCUUUUCAGCAAGAUAUUUAGUUUCUACAUUUUGAGCUUCCAUCUCUACAAUGGAUCAUUUUCUGUUUCAUGAAUCACACACAAAAACAAAAUGCAGUUUUGUAUAGUUGGGAUACAGUUCAGUAAAGAUAGCAUUCUUCACAAGGUUUUGUCUAAAGAAUUUGUUCUCACAAGUGUGCUGACACAGACGGAGGUUAAAGGGUUUGUUCACCCAAAAAUGAAAACUCUGUCAUUAAUGACUCACCCUCAUGUCGUCCCAAAGCCGUAAGACCUUGGUUCAUCUUCAGAACACAAAUCAAGAUAUUUUUGAGGAAAUACGAGAGCUUUCUGAUCCUCCAUAGACAGCAACAAUGUAUUUGUUUUUCUCACAGUCCAGUAGAUGAUUUGUAAAUGACUUUAUAUCUUGAUGGGUGCCAGUGACACGAUCACUGUGACGAAGGUGCCAUGAUGCCAGAACUUAACAUGUGAUUAAAAAAGAUAUGAUAGUGGACUCAGUAGCAGUAUGGAAACAUAAUUUUCACAACUAAUCAGAUCAAGGAAUCAUACUUUCACACCCUAGAGGAACACACUGUAGCACUGACCCAAUUAAUCACAGGGCAAACAAGGGAAGGAUUUUCAGAUGAUUGUUAUCGAAAUGUCUAAAUACAGCACUACUUAUGAUGCAGAAAGGUUAUACAAUGAUGAGUCAUUACAGGUGCCAUCACUAUAUAUUAUGUAUGACUGCAUUUGAACCCUUUUUAGUUUAUCAUUGGAUAGGGUCUGAUUUUUUUCUUUUAGAUUGUGUAUAUAAUAAUAAUUAUUUUGUAUAAUAAUGCAAUCAUUAUUUUAGUCUUAGAGUAGUAUGAUGGGGAUCCAGUACCAGGCUUUUUUUCCCAUUGUAAACCACUCACCUUUGACCAUUGGCCAUUGUUGAUGAAUGGGACAGGACUUUCCAAAUCAAUGCAACAGCAAACAGAAAACCCCAUAAGGUUUUGUGUGCAUAUGUCUGAACUCAUGAAUACAUGUCUGGUGGUGUGUUUGUCUAUAUAGACUAAAAGCUCAGGCCCUCAGCUUCUCUCCAGUUUAAUUUCCUACUUUGUGUGGCUUGUUUCACAACAUCAAAGCAAAGCCAGGAAAUUAAACUAGAAAUAUUUAUAAUCAUUGAAUACCAUGAUUAUGAUCCUGAACUGUCUCAAACUCACUUUAAAUGAUUUCAGACCACCAGAUUUGGUGCUUACGUUGAACAGAAGUGUCGUGGGACAAUUCAUUGUCAGUUCAUUGUCUCAAUCUGUUACUUUCACCUGU